UUUCUCUUUACCCGCGUCGAAUCCAAUCCUUCAAUAAUACCGGCACCCAUUUGCGCCAUGCUGCGGCUGCUGCUCCUGCGCCCGGCGACCUCGAGCCAAGAACACGAGCGGCGGCAGCCCUGAGUAGGCCAGCAAAAACGAUUCCUUUCUUGGAUCCCGGUUCCCAACCGUGCGCGCGAAAUUUUCCUCGCCCAGCGCCGUGCCUGUCCCAAAGAUCCAUGGAGGGGUGCCAAUUGCUAGUAGGCUGUAGGACGGAAAUGGAGGAGGAAGCGUUCUUUGACACGCGAGAGGAGCUGACGGCGUCGCCGGCGCCCAGCCCGGGCCCGGCAUUGCCGUGGUCAGGCGGCCUCGACAGUGUGUGGCAGCGGAGGGAGCGGUUCAUGAGAAGCAUGGGCCUGGAGUGCAGCCCGAGCCCCCAACAGGCGGGUUCAGUGGACACCGUGGGCGAUGUUGAGAAGGAGGGGGAGGUUGCGCCGGAGUUUGGGAGAUUGUGGUCGCAGUCGGAUGAGAAUGACUGCUCCAUGUCGAGUUGGUCGACCGAGGAGACGGCGAGCUAUGAGGAUGGUGCCUCAGAUGACAAUUCCGUGAGUGGAUCCAGUAGGGAUGAUGGUAGCAGCAAGGUGGGCAGGAGUUUCAGUUCAUUGUCAUUCAUCCAGAGGCUCAUGAGCUGCAGUAGUAAGCUUUCUGGUGUUCCCAAGGCGAUCGAGAGGAGGAGAAACGGAUGGCUUCAGAGGCUGGGUUUGAGGGCUGGUGUCAUCGAUCAUGGAGGGGAUGAAGCUAGCACCAGCUCCUCAGAGAGUGAGCCAAAUAGGGGUGGAAGGUAUGAAAAAGUUAAGGUCCGUUCCUACCAGAAGCGGUCGAAGGAGUUGUCAGCACUAUAUCAAGGCCAAGUGAUCAAGGCUCAUGAUGGCGCCAUCCUGACAAUGAGAUUUAGUCCUAAUGGGCGGUUUCUUGCAAGUGGAGGCGAAGAUGGAGUUGUCAGGGUCUGGGGUGUCACGCAAUCUGAGGACUCUAAGGACUGCAAAAUUCCUAUGGAUGAUCCUUCUUGUGUUUACCUCAAAGCUUAUCGCAAGAGUGGCUUGGCUUUUGUCAAUGUUGACAAUGGGAAGAAGUGCAAAGUCAAGGGCAUGAAGCAAUCCGCUGAGUCUGCUUGUGUUGUGAUUCCAACAACGGUGUUCCAGAUCUCAGAGGAACCAUUGCAUGAGUUCCGUGGGCACUUUGGUGAUGUACUGGAUCUAUCAUGGUCUAACAAUAAGCAUCUACUGUCAGCAUCAACAGACAAAACUGUUCGCUUGUGGGAAAUUGGAUCUGCAAACUGCAUCACUGUUUUUCCACAUAGCAACUUUGUGACUUGUGUCCAGUUUAAUCCAGCCAAUGAGAACCGCUUCAUCAGUGGAUCAAUCGAUGGCAAAAUCCGUGUAUGGGAUAUUCCUAGAUGCAGUGUUGUGGAUUGGGCAGAUAUUAGAGACAUAGUAACAGCGGUUUGUUACCGACCUGACGGAAAGGGAGCAGUGGUUGGAACCGUUACCGGGCAUUGUCGAUUUUAUGAUGCACCAGAUAGUCUGCUGCGGUUUGAAACACAAAUUGCACUUAACGGCAAGAAAAAAUCUUCUCUUAAAAGAAUCACUGCUUUUGAGUUCUGCCCAAGCAACCGAAGUAAAUUACUGGUUACAUCUGCUGACUCGAAGAUCAAAAUACUUGAUGGAACCAUUGUGACUCAGAAUUAUAGUGGACUCCGAAAUGGCUCAUGCCAGUCAUCAGCAACAUUCACCCCAGAUGGGCAGCAUAUAAUUUCUGCUAGUGAAGACUCCAAUAUUUAUGUAUGGAACCACGAAAACCAAGAUGAGUCUUCAUGGAAACAUGCAAAGACUAUAUGGUCCUCAGAGCGCUUCCACUCCAACAAUGCAGCCAUUGCAAUACCAUGGAAUGGCCAAAAACCAAGAAGCCCAGUUUCUUUGGCCUCUCAAAUUUUGCCACCACAUGGAGAUACUUUUCAGUGCAUGAGUAAGGCUGUCAAGGACAAUUCAGGCCGCUGUGGAGAGGAUUCUUCCAUGAACAGUUUUCUGUCAAGAUUUGCUGCUCCUGGUAUUUUCAAUUUGAAUCAGGAGCUCUCCACUGAGUCCACUUGCAAAAGUUCAGCAACUUGGCCAGAGGAAAUUUUGACUUCUUGCUCAAUUCGGCAAAUUUUGGAUGACUCACAGUACAAGUUCCUAAGGAACUGUUUCCAGGGCACAUCAAACUCCUGGGGUCAAGUGAUAGUGACUGCAGGAUGGGAUGGCAAGAUUAGGUCGUUCCAGAAUUAUGGCUUACCAGCGCAUCAGUGAUUAGUUUGAGCAUUUGGUGGAAGUAUACGGCAGUAUUGACACCUCACAUGGCCUGAAGAGAAGUACCUGCGCACCCAGCUAUGCUGGUCCAGUGUGUGGUUUCUUGGUACAAGACAUCAUAUGCUUGGUGCUCCUGCUGAAUUGUACAUGGACCAAUGUUGUACAUAAUCAGCCCGGUGGUCCUUCAAGAUCUCUACAUCAGUAGAUUGUACCUUUUGUAGAAAUAUGUCGGUGUAAAUCAGAUUUGUUCCUUUCCCCUUUCAAUUGCUCAUUGAUAUACCACAGAAAUGCUAGAUUCAGUUGAUGUAAAUUUUCCUCCCGUUGUAUUGUGGGAGCUCGAUUGGAACUGUCAGAUUCAUAUGUUCUAUUCAAAUAUACAAAAUUCGUUCCUUUUAAAAAAUGUGUCCUGUUCU